GAGAAAUAUACACAAACAUGGCGACAAAGCGAACGCUUAGGAUGCUGUCCCCCGUUCGAAUUACAUUGCAGCUUUUAUUAUUUUAUCUUACAGGCUUGUUUUCUUCCACGCUGCACCUCCCUCGUAGUCAGGCGUUUAUGUUACCGCAGGAUCGUGGCUUUUCCUUGGUGACUGUGGGUGAAGAUUACAUUCAAGCAGCGGGCGCGGAGGGUCAAACACAAGACGUGCGUCUCGAGAGGGAAGCCAGAGGAGCCUCUCCAGUGCAAAGGCAUCGAUACCGCCGUGCUGCUGAAUCACCCGUGCCGAAGGUGUACGGAAGGGCGAACCUCAAUGACUCCCAUAACCAGAUGGUUGUGCACUGGGCCGGCGAGAAGAGCAACGUCAUUGUGGCCCUGGCCAGGGACAGUGUCGGUGCCAUGGACCCCAAGCCAAGCUCGGUAUACGUGUCGUAUGACUAUGGGACGAGUUUCAUGGCCAUCUCUGAGAGGUUCCAGCUGACUGGGGCCAAGGAGCAGAGCAAGCAGGUCAUCUCCCAGUUCUAUCACAGCCCCGCUGAUAACAAAAGGUACCUGUUUGCGGACACCACCAAUAGUUACCUGUGGAGCACAUUCGACUUCUGCAAAACCAUCCAAGGAUUCUCCACCCCCUUCAAGCCCACUGACCUGAUACUACAUAGCUCCAGGCCUAGCUUGGUCCUAGGCUAUGACAGCUCCCAUCCAAAUAAACAGCUCUGGAAGUCAGAUGACUUUGGCGAAACAUGGGUGUUGAUUCAAGAGCAUGUGAAAUCUUAUUUCUGGGGUGUGGAGCCCCACGACAGCCCCAAAACGGUGUUCGUCCAGCGGCACGAGCCUCAAGGGGUCUCCAGUGUCCUGAGCAGCACUGACUUCUUCCAGAGCGAGGAGAACCGCCGCGUCAUCCUGGAGCGGGUCGACAACUUCCAGCUCCGCGACAAAUACAUGUUCGCCACCACCACCAGGACUCUUAUAGGAAGCCAUCAGCCUGCCACGGUCCAGCUGUGGGUAUCCUAUAACCGCCAGCCAAUGAAGUCAGCUCAGUUUCAGACCCGUCAUCCAAUCACAGAGUACUACAUCGCAGAUGCGUCCGAGGACCAGGUGUUUGUCUGCGUGAACCACAACAACAACAUCACGCACCUGUACAUCUCGGACACGCAGGGCCUGCGCUUCUCCCUGUCCCUGGAGAACGUGCUGUACUACAGCCCCCAGGGGUCCGGCAGCAACACGCUCAUCAGAUACUUUGCCAACGAGCCCUUUGCGGAUCUCCACCGUGUGGAGGGCUUGCGGGGGGUCUUCAUCGCCACGCUGAUCAACGGCUCGGUGAGCGAGGACAACAUGCGCUCCGUCAUCACCUUCGACAAGGGGGGCACCUGGGAGCUGCUGCAGCCGCCCACCUCCGACAGCCUGGGCGGCGUGCUGGACUGCCAGAUGUCCAGAGGCUGCUCCCUUCACCUGGCACAGCGCUGGAGUCAGCUGCUCAACAUUCAGCUGCGCAGGAUGCCCAUCCUCUCCAAAGACUCCGCUCCCGGACUCAUCAUGGCCACAGGCUCCGUGGGGAGGAAUCUGGCCAACAAGCCCAACGUUUACGUGUCCAGCAGUGCGGGGGCGAGGUGGAGGGAGGCUCUGGCUGGACCUCACUUCUACACGUGGGGUGAUCAUGGAGGAAUACUGAUGGCCAUCACACAAGGAGGAGCCACCACAAACCUCAAGUUCAGCACCAACGAGGGUGAAACGUGGACGGACUUCCAAUUCUCCAAGCGGGAGGUGUAUGUGUACCAGCUGCUGACGGAGCCAGGCGAGAAGAGCACCAUCUUCACCAUCUUCGGUUCCUACGCCGACCAGAAGCACAGCUGGCUCAUCCUGCAGCUCAACGCCAGCGAUGUGCUCGGCGUGCCAUGUUCUGAGGGGGACUAUAAGAGCUGGUCACCCUCUGAUGAGCUGGGCAACGGCUGCCUCCUGGGCCGAGAGAUGGUCUUUAAGCGCCGCACGCCUCACGCCACCUGUUUCAACGGCGAGGACUUCGACCGGCCCGUCACGCUGUCCAACUGCUCCUGCACGCGGCAGGACUACGAGUGCGACUACGGCUUCAAGCUGAGCGAGGACCUGUCCCUGGAGGUGUGUGUGCCCGACCCGGAGUUCCUGGGCAACCUGUACGCCCCUCCAGUGCCAUGCCCUGUGGGCACCACGUACCGCCGCAGCCGAGGGUACAGGAAGGUGUCAGGAGACAGCUGCAGUGGCGGAGACGUGGAGGAGCGACUGGAUGGAGAGAUGCUCCCCUGUCCAGUAGGAGAGAGUAACGAGUUCGUCCUGUACGCGGUGCGGAGCUCCAUCCACCGGUACGACCUGGCCACCGGAACCGACCAGCGGCUGCCCCUGUCCGGCCUCCGCGAGGCUGUGGCGCUGGACUUCGACUACGAGCGGAACUGCGUGUACUGGGCCGACAUCUCUUUGGAUAUUAUACAGAGGCUGUGCCUGAACGGAAGCUCUGGCCAGGAAGUUAUCGUCCGGAGAGGCCUUCAGAAUGUGGAGGCGCUGACCUUUGACCCCAUCAGCCAGCUGCUCUUCUGGGUUGACGCUGGUGCGCAAAAGAUUGAAGUGUCCAACCCUGAUGGAGAUCUGAGACGUACAUUGCUUAACUCCUCCGUGCUGGAGCACCCAAGAGCCCUUGCUGUGCUCCCAGGACAGAGCCUGAUGUUCUGGACGGACUGGGGGGACCGUGCGGCCGGGGUCUACCGGAGCUGGAUGGACGGCUCCAACGUGUCCUGCAUUGUGUCUGAGGGCGUGCGCUGGCCCAACGGGAUCACCGCCGACGACCACUGGCUCUACUGGACCGAGGCGUACGGCGAUCGCAUCGAGAGGGCGGACUUCAGCGGAGGCCAACGCAGCGUCCUGAUGGAGGGCCUUCCUCACCCCUACGCCAUCGCCGUAUUCAAGAAUGAUCUGUACUGGGACGACUGGUCCAGGAUGGGCAUCUUCAAGGCUCCGAAGGCAGGCUCACCAGACAGUGAGCUCCUGGUGGGAAGCCUCACGGGGGUCAUGGACCUCAAGAUCUUCUACAAGGGCAAGACAAGAGGCAGCAACGCGUGUGCGGUCCAGCCCUGCUCCUUGCUCUGCUUGCCCCAGCCUGGGCAGGGACACGCCUGCGUCUGCCCCGAGGGCACCCCCACCACCACCCUGCCCUCCGGCGAGCUCCAGUGCCAAUGCCCGCACGGGUACCAGCGCCACAACAACACCUGCGUCAAACAAGCAUCGUCCACGGACUCCCCCGGCUGCUCACGCUACUUCCAGUACGAGUGUAAGAACGGACGCUGCGUGCCCAGCUGGUGGAAGUGCGACGGAGAGAAUGACUGCGGAGACUGGUCAGAUGAGGCUCAGUGCACAGAUGGAGGCUCCGCCCACACCCCUGCCCCAGGCCCCUCCUCCUGUGCACCUAACCGCUUCCACUGUAGCUCAGGUGCAUGCAUCAUCGACAGCUGGGUGUGUGACGGCUACAGCGACUGCCCUGACGGCAGCGACGAGGCUGGCUGCCCCACAGCCUCCAACAGCUCCCUGCCGCAGACGGCUGCACCCACCCCGGCUGCCCCCUCGCCCUGCGCCAGAGGCCAGUUCUCCUGCAGCCGACCGCACGCCUGCAUCCCAGCCUGGCAGCGCUGUGAUGGAACCAGCCAGUGCCAGGACGGCUCCGAUGAGCUCAGCUGCCCCACGAGAAGGCCUCUACAGUGUGUGAACGGAACCAUGUGUGCCGACGGGGAGGCGUGCGUGCUGGACAGCGAGAGGUGUGAUGGCUUCCUGGACUGCUCUGACCACAGUGAUGAGGACAACUGCACUGACGAGUCGUUGGCCUAUAAGAUCCGGAAUCUACAGUGGACCCCUAACUUAUCGGGUGCCAUCACACUCACAUGGUCGCGACCCAAAAACAUGCCCCUGGCUUCCUGUUCCUUCCAGGUGUAUUACAGGCUGGUUGGGGCCCAGCAGUGGAGUCUGAUGGACACCCACAGCAAUAAGAGCGUCUACACGCUGACGGUGCUUAAGCCGGACACCACGUAUCAGGUCAAGGUGCAGACACAGUGUCUCAGCAAGCAGCACAAGACCAACGAACUCAUCACCAUACGCACGCCUGAGGGAUUCCCUGACCCUCCGGAGAAGCUGCAGCUGGCGUGCGUUAAGGCCGAGGACGGGACCGUGCUGGUGUCCUGGGGCCCUCCUGCCGAGUCCCACGGCCUCAUCCGCGAGUACCUCGUUGAGUACAGCAAGAAGGGCAGUCCUGAGUGGUUCUCUCAGCGCUGCACUGGCAUCAGCACAGAAGUGAAAAACCUGGAGCCUAGCGCCCUCUACAGGUUCAGGGCAGCUGCGGUCACCGGGCGGGGAGUGGGAAAUUGGACUGCCCUGAAAUCCAUCGUCCCUCAGAAAGCUCUGCCGACUCCCACUGUGGAACUGGGCACGGUUACCGAGAACACCAUGAGUCUGGCCUUCAGCUACGAGGCCCAGUAUGAGGUGAAGCAGUUCAUCGUGGUGCUGUCAUGGGCGUUUGAUGACCAUGUGAAGGAGAGCAAGAACUACACAGUUCACGGCAAGACUCUGAAAGCGUCCAACCUGACUGGCGGUACGGUGUACGAGGUGGAGGUGUGGGCCCACACGCGUGACGGCGACAGCCCCAUGGCUCUGUUCCGCCAGCAGACUGCCGGCAUCCAGCCCUACCCCCCGCUGCUCAAGGCCCGCGCGCUCAACCAGAGCACCGUCGACUGCAGCUGGAACUCCUCCUCUGGACUGACGUAUGGUAUCUUCUUUGCCACAUCCUUCCUGGACCUGUACCACGGCCCUCACAGUGAGACCAGCAGUGGCAGCAGUCUGACCGUCACAGUGGACGCAGAUGAGCAGUACCUGUUCCUGGUCCGGGUGAUCUCUCCCUUCCUAGGACCCCCCUCAGCCUACGCAGUGGUCAAGAUGAUUCCGAGUGAGAGACUUCCGCCGCGUAACCUGCACAAGGUGCGCGUGGACUUGACCCAGGCUACCCUCAAGUGGCAGCCCCCCUAUGACUCUCCAGGAUCCCCCCUGACCUAUGCAGUGCACGUGCGAGACAGCGUGCGCAAGACGGAGCGCAGCUACAAGCUGACCACCCAGAACAACACGGUGGAGUACCGCCUGAAGGGACUGGAGCCGGGCGGACACUACGUGGUCACCGUGAGGCUGCGCAACAUGAGCAAGGAAGCCACCUACACCCUCAACACAGUCCCCCUGCCCGCUCCUGAAGCGCUGAAGAUCCUGAACGAGCACGACCACAUCUUCCUCUUCUGGAAGAGCCUAGCCGUGAAGGAGAAGACCUUUAACGAGAGCCGGGGUUAUGAGGUGCACGUGUACGACAGCGUGACCAACUCCACCACCUGCCUGGGCAACACCACCGAGACCUUCCUGCGCAUCAACAACCUGCUGGCCCAGCACAACUACACGUUCUCCGUGCGCGCCCGCUGCCUCCUCAAUGGUCAGCUCUGUGGGGAGCCGGCCCUGCUGCUCUACAACGACCCUGAUGCCCCCGCAGGUCCAGACGAUGCGCGUGCCCAGUCGGGUGGUGCGGGGGACGCGGCGGCAGUGGUGGUGCCCGUGCUGUUCCUGCUGCUGCUGGGGCUGUGUGGCGGCCUGCUGCUCCUCUACCUGCGCCACCGCCGCCUCCAGCACAGCUUCACCGCCUUCGCCAACAGCCACUACAACUCACGCCUGGGCUCCGCCAUCUUCUCCUCAGGGGACGAGCUGGGCGAUGAUGAUGAAGAUGCACCCAUGAUCAGUGGCUUCUCCGAUGAUGUUCCCAUGGUGAUAGCGUAGCAGGAUUAUCCUCCUCCUCAUCCUCCUCCUCAUCCUCCUCCUCCUCAUCAUCAUCAUCAUCAACAUUCUCGCUCCUCACUACCCCCCCCCUCCUCCUCCUCUACAACACACACACACACACACACACACACACACACACAGAUAUGCCCCACCCCUAUUCCCUGGGUGCUUGUGCCAAGAGGUUAAACUUAACUGAUGGGAGCUCCAAAUCACAUCUCCAUCACCCAACCAAACACCUGAUGGAAGCCGUUUCCAGUUUCAGGAGCAAAGGGAGAAUGAGCGGAAGAAAGAUAUUUUUAAAAGAAAAUACGAAAGAUGCACUUUUUUUGGAUGCGCAAUAAAUUAUUUUUUUAUAUGGGUAAUAGACUUUCUGGGGGUUAGAAAAAGCAAACUGUGAAGGAAAAUUGAGUUUGUCAGGGAUGAUUUAAAAAAAGCCCUGUUGUACUAUAAAGUGAUUCUGUCUCAAGACCUUGCAUAGGCCUAAAGCCAAACUUAGUAAAUAGCUACCGGAAGAACCAACUCAUCAUGAGAACUAGAGUAGUUAGCAAAAUGGCAAACCCAAAAAAUUUCAUUUAUGAAUGUACAGCUGAAAUAA